UCACAUAGCAUUUCCUCGGGUAACUCGAUGCGCUGGAAGGGGGAAGGCAGAAGAUCCCUCCUUGCCGACAACGCAUUGAGACUUCCAGAAAUCUCUCCUUCUGAAGACGUUAGAAAGAGGAAAAUGGCCUCUAAAGUUACAAUCGAUGGAGUAAGUUUUGUAUAGACAGAAUAUAUGGAACCGUUACGUGUAGCCGCCUAGUAAGCAGAGGUUGCACUGUCUACAUUAACAUAGAAAAUGAAAUGUAUGUCAUUUCAGCUGCAGAAACGGAGAAAGGAGGCAUUGGACGACUGCCACAAUAUUUCUUAUCAUCGGGGAGUUAUUUUUUUGUCGCCAGAAUGGAAUGGUAAAUGGUGCAUUUUCAUGUAAACUUUCAGCAGGAUUAUAGCACACAAGUUGACAAGUGUUUGUGUUUACUUUAUUGAAACAGCCCAGACUGUGCAUUUGUCUUUCUGAACAGUUACGUCAUAACCUACUGCGGAACUCUUUUCUUCUUCUCAAACAAAGCGUUUUUAUGGACAAUCACUGAUCAGUUAUUUCAUCUGAAAACUGGACACAACGUCAGAAAGACGGAGGGCUACAGGCAAUGCCUCUCUCACUGAUCAGUUAUUUCAUCUGAAAACUGGACACAACGUCAGAAAGACGGAGGGCUACAGGCAAUGCCUCUCUCACUGAUCAGUUAUUUCAUCUGAAAACUGGACACAACGUCAGAAAGACGGAGGACUACAGGCAAUGCCUCUCUCACUGAUCAGUUAUUUCAUCUGAAAACUGGACACAACGUCAGAAAGACGGAGGACUACAGGCAAUGCCUCUCUCACUGAUCAGUCAUUUCAUCUGAAAACUGGACACAACGUCAGAAAGACGGAGGACUACAGGCAAUGCCUCUCUCACUGAUCUUCUUAUACCCAUUGUAGGUUUUUCUUUGACACUGCAGAAAUGAAACAGACACUGCAUCUCUGUGUGUUAUGGCUGUUGCUGGUAUGGAGCACAGGGGCCUCUGACAGGAGACCCCUCAAAAGGACAAUCUUACGACGAACAUCCCUCCAGGGGGGGAUUUUUAACAGAACACAAAAUGUGCUGAACUCUGACAGUAUUGCUCCUUCCGCUGGUGGUAUAAAUGUAUCCACUGUGACGAGCCAUCGUGACAGAAUGCAGAGAGAUGAGAAAGCUGAGCCUCCAAGGAGAAGGAUGAUGCCAAGCAGAAGAAUACCCCAACAACCAAAGAAACCCAUAAACCAGGUUGGCAGUGGCACAUCUCAAGACAACAGUAAACAAGUGACAGGGGAGGCGGUUCAGCCUCAGUCCACACCAGCCCGCACCGUCCCCGGCAGCGCAGGCUCCCUCAACGUCCUGGCCAGCUUCGCAGGGAAGAACCGGGUCCUGGUCAUCUCCGCCCCACAUGACUCAGACGGUUACUAUCGCCUGAUGAUGACCCUCCUCAAGUCGGACGUCUACUGCCAGAUGGCGGAGCGGCACAUGCAGAUGAUAGUGAUGUUCCACCAGGAGGGAGAGCGAGGCGGGAAGGUGCGGCGGGUCAACGCCAAGGGACAGGUGACGGAGGAGCCCCUGGACACGGUCCUCAUCCCCAGGCUGAUGAACUUCCUGAAGCUGGAGGAGGGGAAGUUUGGCAUGGUUCUCCUGAGGAAGACUCUCCAGGUGGAGGAGAGGUACCCGUACCCGGUCAGGCUGGAGGCUAUGUACGAGGUGAUGGACCAGACCCACAUGCGCAAGCUGGAGAAGGCCAGGCAGAGGGGCUUCGUGCAGAGGUGCAAGGCGGCCGGUGUUGAGGGCCAGGUGGUUGAGUCUCAGGGCCAGGGGGUAUUGACCACGGGGUCAGAGGUCACAGUGAACUCUACAGUGGAGAGGGUGCCAGUGAGGAAAGGGGUGCAGAGACCAGCUCAAGGACCAAAGGCUGUGACAGUUACCACAACCCGACCAACCACAAAACCAACUAUGACCACAAAGGCAACCACAAUUACAACAAAGCCAACCACAACCACCACAACAAAACCAACAAGAACAAAAAAAAAAAAAACUACAACCACAACAAAACCACCACCAACAACAAAAGCAACCACAACCACCACCAGAAAAACAACCACGACCACAACAAAACCACCACCAACAACAAAAGCAACCACAACCAUAACUACAGCAAAGCCAACCACAACCACCACCAGAAAAACAACCACGACCACAACAAAACCAACAACUACUACAACGACCACAAAAGUAACCACCACAACAAAACCAACAACCACAACAAAAACAACCACGACCACCACCACUAUAAAACCAACCACCACAACAAAACCAAAAACUACAACAACACGACGAACCACAACCACCACAACACCCACUGUUCCGAAGCCCUUGGACCCCCAGACAACACCGCACUGGGACCUAGAGGUCCCCACCACAGACAAAUCCUUCUACAUCCUCUCAGAGACCCACAAAAAUGGCAUAGAUGACGUUACAGAGUCCCACAGAGACCAAUAUGAAGAAGACACAACCGACGAUACCAAACAUGGCCGACAAGUUGUUACCUCUCCAACUCAGCUCACUAACGACAAACCAACUGAAGGAGGGGAAGAGCUGGGCAGUGAACUUAAGGUUGACUCUGAUGCACAGGUGGAAACAGCUUCCCCCAAGAAGAGUAAGGUCAAGCGGCCUGUCAAUGCAGAGAGGAAGAAAAAGGCUGAUAAAUCAGGCAAAAAGAGUAAAACAGACAAGAAAAGGUUGAAGGCUACUAAAGACAGUGAUGGAGGCUUCUAUCGUGGCAGGAGACCAGGGAAGAAGGCCGCUAUUAACCAGGAGAAAGAAGCAGACAACAAGAGGCCCCCCACAAAACAGCCAAACCUCUUAGUAUCCUUUUUUGGUCAUUUUGAGAAGAGACGACGUCUACUUGUGAUCAGUACUCCAGACGAGGAGAAUCCUAUGUACACGCAGCAGAGAGAUGAGUAUCUGGAGCAUGUGUGUGAAUUGGGCGUCAGAAAAAUCUCUCUUAUCACCAUCUUUGGCUCUCUGACCAAUGGCACCAUGAAGAUGGACCAUUACCAGGCUGAGAAGGAUCAGCCUCUGAAAGGCAUGAAAGAAGAGGACUUCACAAACCAGCCCCUCAUCAGAGCCUUGAGGAAUGAGUUGGGACUGAUAUUUGACGACUACUAUAUGGUGCUGACUGACUUUGAUAUGAAAGUGAAGCAAGAAUAUGAGGUGCCCAUCGCCAUGACGGCUGUGUUUGACUACAUAGACACAUUCUCUUCUCGCAUCAAGGAGAUGGAACAGCAGAAGAGACAAGGAGUGGCGUGUAAGAAGGAAGACAAAUCCAAAUCUCUGGAGAACUUCCUCUCACGGUUCCGCUGGAGACGCAGGCUGUUUGUGAUCUCCUCCUCUGACGACGAGGAAUGGGCCUAUCAGCAGCAGCUCUACGCCCUGACUAGCCAGGCCUGCAAUCUGGGCCUGCGCCACUUGUCUGUGCUGAAGCUGAUUGGAAAGGACAUGGAGGAUAUGGGCGGGACCCUUGAGCUAUACCCAAUCAACGGGACUGCCACUGUGGAACGUGAGGACGUUUCUCCCUCUCUGGUGCAGGACAUCAGGAACUACUUCCAGAUCAGCCCAGAGUACUUCUCUAUGCUGCUGGUGGGGAAAGACGGCAACGUCAAGUCCUGGUACCCGUCUCCCAUGUGGUCCAUGUCCAUCAUAUAUGACCUGGUUGACUCCAUGCAGCUCCGCAGACAGGAGAUGGCUAUCCAGCAGUCCCUUGGCAUGCGCUGUCCUGAGGAUGAGUAUGGGGGCUACGGUCAUGACAGAGACCCGGAUGGUUACCACCGUGGAUAUGGUUACUAAAGGAUUGAGAAUAGGAUGUUCCCCUUAGGAUGUGUUCGAUUUUCUAUUGAGGCCUGGUUGUGGCCUUCUCCCAUGAACUAUAUGAAGCCAUUGUAUGAAUGGCAUUUCAUGAAAGCUUUUUUUUUGCAUUUUGAUAACUGUGACGUUGUUUUAUAAGAAUGGACUUUUCUAAAAUAGAUUAUGAAAAUGUAGCAUACUUUUUCUUCCAUAUAUUUUUGAAUGUGAUUUGUUUCACAGGGAGAAUGGAGAUUUCAGAUUAAAAACAUUUGGCAAUUGCCUUUUAUGUUGUGCAUAUAUUUGUUAUCUUGUAUGGAGAUAUACCGGUAACUGCCCAAAUAAAGGAAACACUUGAGUG